GCGUCACAGCUGCUUUUGCGACCACGACGAGCCGGACGGGGAUCGGGGGGAGAAGGCGCGCGAAGCUGCCCACGAUACCCGCGACGCUAGAACAGGCCCUCUUACUCCUCCCCCUCGUGCAGGUGACAACGCCGGGGACGAGGGGGGAGGCAAACCCAAGGGGAGGAGGACCAUCAUGAGGGACGGCGUGUUCGACGUCAGCGAGCUGAUGACGAAGAGCGCGGGCUGGAGCACGCGCCGGUUGUUGCUGGCCGGUCUGCUCACCGCCGUGCUGCUCGUGCUCGUGGUCACGCUAACGGCAGCUGCCGUGUUGACGGGCGCCAGUGCCAGGGACGCCUCGAGGAGCGAGGCUCCGGGCCCGAGCGGCAUAUCGCUCGAGGAGUGGCUCGACGGCUCGCUAUCCACCAAAAGCUUCAACGGCACCUGGCUCAGUGGGGACGAGAUACUUUACGAGGACGAGGGCGGCAACUUGAUGAUCUUCAAUGCGUCUUCCCGACAGAGACGUAAGGUCCUCGACAUAAGCAAUACCCCACUCAUCACGAGCUUCUAUCACCAGUUCUCGGCGGACCGCAAGUACCUGCUGUUGGCUUUCAAUUACCAGAGGCUCUUCCGUCACACGUUCCUGGCCCAGUACAAGAUCGUGAACCUCGAGACUCUGCAAGAAACGCUGCUGAGCGACAACGAGUCAACGGGCUUGCAGCUGGCGGUCUGGGCGCCUCAAGGCAACGGCCUCGUCUAUGUAUUUCAGAGCAACAUUUACUAUCGGCCGCAGGCCGAGUUGCCCAAUAAUUACCAGAUCACCACCAACGGGGCCUUCGGCAAAAUCUACAACGGCAUACCCGACUGGGUGUACGAAGAGGAGGUAUUCAGCUCUAACAAGGCCGUAUGGUUCUCUCCAAGUGGCACUAAAUUGGCCUUCGGCCACUUCGACGACUCGCAUACUCUAAUAAUGAACAUCCCUUACUACGGUUUUCCUGGCCUGACUUUUCAAUAUCCCAGCGCCAUACCAAUUUAUUAUCCCAAGAGCGGCACGCAAAACCCGACCGUAAAAUUGUUCUACGUCGAUCUGGAGGAGGUGAUCAGGGGUAAUGUGAGCUUGACCGAAAUAGAGUGCCCGCACAAGCUGUCCUUCUCCGAGCGCAUAUUAGCGUCGGUUUCCUUUCCCACCGACCAUCUGGUCACCGCCAUUUGGAUGAACCGAGUCCAGAAUCAAGCUUACUUCCACACCUGCGACGUCGUACAUCGCAACUGCACCACGGCUCUCGAGUACAAAGAGAGAAACGGCUGGGUCGAGCAGUUCGUGCCGCCGCUGUUUAAUAGAGACGGGACGGCCUUUGUGCUGAUUUUGCCGCAGAAGCAGGGCAAUCGUGGCGACUGGAGGCACGCAGUCAUGGUGUCGGACGCAACUUCGUCCUAUCCGAAAGUUACUGCGUUGACAAACGGACUCUUUGUCGUCACCGAAAUCGUCGCUUGGGACGAGGACAACCACUACGUGUACUAUCUGGCGACGAGUGAGCGGGACCCAGCGCAGAAGCACUUGUAUCGGGUCUCGGCGCUGGAUCGGAACCGGGGCAGUCCCGAUUGUCUCAGCUGCAAUAUCAAAAGCGAGAACGAUGGCAGCUAUUGCCUCUACAACUCGGCGGAAUUCUCCAAGGACAAUUCGCACUACGUACUCACGUGCGCUGGACCCGGAAUCCCCGAAAUUACCAUCCAUAACAGGAAUUCAACGAAAUUGUUUACGUGGGAGAGCAACAAACCUAUAGCAGAACUCAUCGCCGAAAAGGCUCGUCCAAUAGUCAAGAGGUUCACAGUGCCAGUGCCUGGUGGUUUUGAAGCUCAGGUCAAAAUGCUUUUACCACCGAACGCAGACUUGUCCGGAAAAACCAAAUAUCCCAUGCUCGUUUAUGUGUACGGUGGGCCCGACACGAACGAGGUCACGGAGAAAUUCAACAUAGAUUGGGGAACGUACCUCGUGACGAACAAAAGUGUUAUCUACGCGUCCAUAGACGGACGGGGCACUGGACUGAAAGGCAACGCCAUGAUGUUUGCGGUGUACAGGAACCUCGGCACAGUCGAGGUCAUGGACCAAGUCAACGUUACGAGGUACAUACAGAACAACUUCGGUUUCGUCGAUCGCACGAGGACAGCGAUAUGGGGCUGGAGUUACGGCGGCUACGCGACGGGCAUGGCGCUGGCAAUGGAUUUAGAUGGGAUUUUCAAAUGUGGCUUGUCAGUUGCACCAGUGACCGACUGGACGCUUUACGAUUCCGUUUACACGGAGAGGUUCAUGGGCCUGCCCAACGCGGCCGACAAUCUAGCCGGCUACGAUCAAAGUCUGCUGCUCAACAAAGUUGACAACAUCAGGAGCAAGGGCUACUACUUGAUCCACGGCACUCUCGAUGACAACGUGCAUUACCAGCAGUCUAUGCUCCUCGCCAAGAUGCUCGAGCAGAAGGAUAUCCUCUUCCGUCAGCAGACGUACACGGAUGAGACCCACGACAUUGCUCGAAUGCGGCUGCACUUGUACCACUCGAUGGAGAAAUUUUUGGACGAAUGUUUCAUACCAUCGUCAUGA